AUGGACGCGUCAGCGGACCCCGUGAACGUUGCCGUGGCCGAGCUUGUCGGCAUGGCCGAUAUGUUGAAGCGGAUGCGAGAUUCCUGCUGGAACAAGUGCAUCGCUGCGGUAAAAGUUGAGCGUAUGGACCCCGGCGAGCAGAGCUGCGUGGACCGCUGUGUGAAUAAGCCACAGACGGCAUCUGUCUACGAUCCCGUUCAUCGAAAGCUCGGGUCUGACGUCCAUGUAGACGGCAAUGGGUUCGUCGUUUGGUGCACGUCCCUCGUAGAAGUCGAUGAUAUACCUGAGCCAUUGUUCGAUACGCACACAUUUGACGUACCUGACCAGUUUCCCGCACCUGUCUACAGUCCAAUCGUGCCUGUCGUACGGCAGCUUGUAUCCCAUCAGAUGUCUUAA